AAUGACUCAAAAAGUCUUUGUGGAAUCAACAAAAAUGAACUCUCUUUCAAAUUCAAAUAUAAAAACGCAUAAUAAUAAGCUUUAUAAGGAAAAUUCAGAGAGUUUUGGUGAUUUAUCCAACUUGUCACAAGCAUAUGUAUUGUACAAAAUAUCAGAAAGGGGUUUUUUGAACGUACGUAAUUUCAUAUCUGUUCUUCAACAAAAUGGAACAUCUUUCUUGAUUAAAAAGAAAAUAAAAGACUCAUUUCAUACACAAGGAAUACUUCCAUCUGAAGGAAUAAAAAAACAACUUAAGCGGCCUAGAACGAGUCAAUGGAAAUUUUGGUUUAAAAGGGAAUUCUCACUACGAUUUAUCUCCUAAUUUCUGGUCUGCCUUAAGAUCACAAAAACAAAAAUGGAGAAAUAGGGCGAAUCGCUAUCGUAGGUCUAAACAAAAAUAUUUAGACAAAAGGACUUCCGGUAAAAAAUUAAAAUUAAAUACUUACAGGAAACAAAAGGAUGCUAACUCAGUCUUGAAUAAAAAAACAAAAGAUAAUUUAAAAAAAUGCUAUCGAUAUGAUCUUUUAGCAUAUCAAUACAUUCAGUAUGAAAAAAAUAGUGGAACCCCUCCAGGAGCUAAACGGGAAGCAAUUUCUUAUCAUUACAAGAUGUCACAAAACAACUUGUUUGCGAUAACGAAAAAUAUUCCUAUCACUAGUUUCAGAGGAAAAAUAGAAAGGUUAAAUAUUCCAUAUCCAAAAAAAGAUGUCGAUAGAAAAUAUUUGAAUUGGAAAAAUAUUGAUUUUUCUCUUAAAAAAAAAAGCGAAUAUUGAGUCCUGGAUCACGGGUAAUUAUAACAAUACUCAAAAUACUCCAAUUUUCACUUACAAUUAUCAAUUAAUUGAUAAAAUGGAAGAAAUUUUGAAAAUUGAGCAAAUUUUUAAAAACGAAAAAGAUCCUUUUGCUCUUUUGAUUCAGAAAAAUACCGAAAUGAAUCGACUCCAUUCUAGAAAUUCUUUAUUGGAUUGGAUGGGACUGAAUGAAGAAAUACUCGACCGUCCAUUAACGGCUGAGGAACUUUUGGUUUUCCCAGAAUUUGUGUGGUUUGUUAAUUUAUAUAAACUGAAACCAUGGAUUAUACCAAGCGAAUCACUUAUUUCAAAUUUGAAUCUUAAUGAAAUGACAAGUCAAAAGACCGGUAAAACUCAGAAAGAUAAAAAAGAUAAAACUGAGAGUAAAAAAAAAGAUAAAGCCGAGGGUCAAACCAAAAGUGAACCUGAGGGUCAAACCAAAGGUGAAACUCAGGGUGAAACCAAAGGUAAACCUGAAGGUGAAACCAAAGGUAAACCUGAAGGUGAAACCAAAGGUAAACCUGAAGGUGAAACCAAAGGCGAAACUGAAGGUGAAACUGAAGGUGAAAAGAAAAGUCAAACUGAGAUAGAACUAGAGUUAUUCAUGAAAAACUAUUUAUUUUUUCAAUUUAGAGAGGAUUUUACUUUAAAUCAAGGCCUUUUCCAAGAUCUCCAAAUCUAUUGUCUCUUGCUUAGAAUGAUAAAUCGAAAAAAAAUGAUGCUAUCAUGGAUUCUAAGGGAAAAGUUAAAUUUGGGUCUAAUGCCACAGAUGGAUCAGAAAGAGAGUGUUCCAGAUUCAAAAAGAAAUGUUCCAGAUUCAAAAGAGAGUGUUCCAGAUUCAAAAGAGAGUGUUCCAGAAUUUUUAAAAAAGACGGGGAUUUUUGGUCGACCCCCUUCCGCUGUCUAUCAAACCAAAUGGAGAAUUUCUUAUGUAUGAAACGAUAGUUAUUUCGUUGGUUCAUAAGAGUAAACAAAUUCUUAAUAAAGAAGACGUAAAACAAAGAAUAAUUCGCGCUCGAGAGAACAAUAAUUGUGAUCCGCUUCUUAUUGAAAAUAUUUUAUCAUCUAGGCGUCGUAGAGAAUUAAGAACUCUAAUUUGUUUCAAUUCACACAAAUGGAAUGGCGUGGAUGCAAAUUCUCUAGUUUCCAACAAAAAUAAAGUUUGGGAAGAAAGCAACCCUGGGCCUAAGGAUCAAAAUAAAUUAAUUGAAUUUUUUCUUUGGCCUAAUUAUCGAUUGGAAGAUUUAGCUUGUAUGAAUCGUUAUUGGUUUUAUACUAAUAAUGGGAGUCGUUUCAGUAUGUUAAGGAUCCAUAUGUAUUUACCAUUGAAUUUAAAUUGGUGGAAAUUUAAUUGAUAGUAGUACUAUCUACCCUGUAGCAGGGUAGAUGGUAGCAGGUUAGAUGAAAACCAAUAUGGACACAUACCCUAUUUUAUACCUCAUUUUAAUUUGGAUCUAACUGAAUUGAGGAUACCAUAUAUCUAUCUAGAUCUAUAUAGAUAUAUUGUACCUCAUUAAAAGAAUAUUAAGUUGAAAAAAUUCACUUUGAUUUUAUUAAUGAACCCUAAAAGAAAGGGUUUUCUUUUGAUUUGAAUUGAUAGACUUAGUUAGAAGAAUUCCUUUUUAGCAAUAAAUGUCUUUCACAUCCAGUGAUAACCUGUAAAUCAUUUGAAAUGGCAGUUCCAAAAAAACGUAUUUCGAAAGCCAAAAAGCGUAUUCGUAAGAACAUUUGGAAAAGAAAGACUAUUGAGGUAAGAUUAAAAGCUCUUUCAUUAGCAAAAUCUCUUUUAACGGGUAAGUUUCAAAGUUUUUUUUUACAAAAAAAAUAAGAAAACAUUGGACUCAUUUCUGUCAAGUUGAUUUAUUCUAUAAUAUAGAAUAAAAGUAAAUAAUAUUAUCCUUUUUUUCUUUAUUUUUUGUUCGUUCGUUUUAGUUACUAAUCAAUUAUUUCAUAUCUAUGAAAUGAAUCUAGAACUUAAUUAUAAAAAAUUAUUUUAAAUGCAUAUUAUAUAUCAAUGAAGGGAGUUCAUUUAGUUUAUGAUAAAAAACUUACAAAACAGAGGUUCCGUUGAAUUUCAAGUAUGGAAUUUCACCAAUAGAAUACACCGGCUUACUUCCCACUUGAAAUUGCACAAAAAAGACUAUUUAUCUCAAAAAGGUUUACGUAAAAUUUUGGGGGAAACGACAACGACUUUUAGCUUAUUUAUCAAAAAAAAAUAAAUUCCGCUAUAAAGAAUUAAUUGAUAAAUUGGAGAUUAGAGAGACAAAAACUCAUUCAUUUUGAAGUUGCAUAGCUUUUCAAACCUAUUAUAGAGGUAAAUUUAG